UUUGUGGUGAGUCUGGCCUUCGCAGACCUCGUGGUGGCUUUGUAUCCCUACCCAUUAGUGCUGGUGGCUAUUUUUAAAAACGGAUGGGUCCUUGGAGAAAUGCAUUGCAAAGUCAGCGGGUUUGUCAUGGGCUUGAGCGUCAUCGGAUCGAUCUUCAGCAUCACCGGGAUCGCCAUCAACCGGUACUGCUACAUCUGCCACAGCUUUGUGUAUGACAAGCUCUUCGGUGCCCGGAAUACAAUGAUGUACGUGUGUCUUAUAUGGGUUCUCACCGUCCUGGCCACUGUCCCAAACUUCUUUGUUGGGUCUUUGGAAUACGACCCUCGGAUCUAUUCCUGCACGUUCGUACAGACUGUAAGCUCCUCCUACACCAUCACGGUGGUGGUCAUCCAUUUCCUUGUGCCAAUCACUGUCGUGACGUUCUGUUAUCUCCGGAUAUGGAUUUUGGUGAUUCAGGUGAGGAGGAAGGUGAAAUCGGAAAUGAAGCCGAGGAUGAAACAAAGCGACUUCAGGAACUUUCUUACAAUGUUUGUGGUGUUUGUCAUUUUUGCUUUCUGUUGGGGUCCCCUGAACUUCAUUGGGCUAGCCGUGGCCAUCAACCCCACGGAAGUGGCCCCCAAAAUUCCAGAGUGGUUAUUUGUGCUAAGUUAUUUCAUGGCUUAUUCCAACAGUUGCCUUAACGCUGUUAUAUAUGGACUUCUAAAUCAGAACUUUCGGAAAGAGUACAAAAGGAUUUUAAUGUCACUCUGGACGCCUAGACUGUUCUUUCAGGAAAUCUCUAGGGGGGGUACAGAGUGCCCGAAGAGCAAGCCUUCCCCUGCUCUGAAUAACAAUGACCAGAUGAAAACCAAUACUGUAUAAUUCCACUGUGAGCGGACGAGUGACAGAGAGCCAUUGAACACACGCCAGUGUGACUGCAUUCACUCAACUGCAUAUUUUUUUAUCUGAAAGGAAAAUGCACCUCAAAAUACUAUUUUUUUUAUAAGUCAUUGUAAAUGCAUAAACUGUAUAAUUAAAC